GUCAGCAGCGGCGGCCAUUACACGGUGCGGAGCGAGGAGCGGCAGCGCUGCCGCAGCCGGAGCGCCCCGGGCCGCCCUCUCCCCGCGCCCGCCCGCCCGCCCUGACGCGUCGCGGCCGCCGCCGCUGUGGGGAGCGCGGAUCGCAGGGGCCCGCGGGGCGGUGCGGCAGCAGCAGCCGGUGAGGAGGAGGAGGAGGAGGAGGGGGAGAGCGGGAUGGAGGAGAAGGUCUUCACCAAGGAGCUCGACCAGUGGGUGGAGCAGCUCAACGAGUGCAAGCAGCUGUCCGAGGGGCAGGUGAAGAGCCUCUGCGAGAAGGCUAAAGAAAUUUUGACAAAAGAAUCCAACGUACAGGAGGUGCGAUGUCCAGUCACAGUCUGUGGAGAUGUCCAUGGACAAUUUCACGACCUCAUGGAACUUUUCAGAAUUGGAGGCAAAUCACCAGACACAAACUAUUUGUUUAUGGGGGACUAUGUUGACAGAGGAUAUUAUUCAGUCGAAACAGUCACAUUGCUUGUAGCCCUUAAGGUCCGUUACCGUGAACGUAUCACAAUUCUUCGAGGGAACCAUGAAAGCAGGCAAAUCACACAAGUUUAUGGUUUCUAUGAUGAAUGUUUAAGGAAAUACGGAAAUGCAAAUGUUUGGAAGUACUUUACAGACCUUUUUGAUUACCUGCCUCUAACUGCCUUGGUGGAUGGCCAGAUUUUUUGUCUACAUGGUGGCCUCUCUCCAUCUAUAGAUACACUGGAUCACAUCAGAGCACUUGAUCGCUUGCAGGAAGUUCCCCAUGAGGGUCCAAUGUGUGACUUGCUAUGGUCAGAUCCAGAUGAUCGCGGUGGCUGGGGGAUUUCUCCUCGAGGUGCAGGUUACACAUUUGGACAGGAUAUUUCAGAAACCUUUAACCAUGCUAAUGGCCUUACGUUGGUUUCAAGAGCUCAUCAGUUGGUAAUGGAGGGGUACAACUGGUGCCAUGAUCGGAAUGUAGUAACAAUUUUCAGUGCUCCAAACUAUUGCUACCGUUGUGGCAACCAGGCUGCAAUUAUGGAACUUGAUGACACUCUAAAGUACUCCUUUUUGCAGUUUGACCCGGCGCCGCGUAGAGGUGAACCGCAUGUUACUCGCCGCACCCCAGACUACUUCCUGUAAAGAGAUUUUAGACCUGUACAGUAUUGCCAUGAACCAUAUGUUGACCUAAAGAGAAUGGGAAGAGCAACAGUAACUCCAAAGUGUCAGAAAAUAUUUAACAUUCAAACUUUGUUUUCACAUGGACCAAAAGACGUGCCAUAUUCUAUACAAAGCCUCUUGUCAUCAACAACUGUGACCACUUUAGAAUGAACCAGUUCAUUGCAUGCUGAAGCAACAUUGUUGGUCAAGAAACCAGUUUCUGGCAUAGCGCUAUUUGUAGUUACUUUUGCUUUCUCUGAGAGACUGCAAAUAAUAAGAUGUAGACAUUAACACCUCGUGAAUACAUUUAACUUUCCAUUUAGCUAUAGCUUUAUUCAGCAUGACUGUAGAUAAGGGUAGCAGCAAACAAUCAUUGAAGCUUAAAGAACAUUUUUAAAAUAAGUACCAAGGCCUCAUAUUUGUUCUGAAACUGUUUGUUUGUUUUAUUUUCAGGGAAUACUGUUUAAUUUAAUUGUAUUGAUUUUUUUUUUUUUGUCUGCACUCAGUUCCCUUUUCCACUCUGCCCUACCAUAUUGUCCCUUGUAAUUGUCCAAGGAUAGUGAAUUACUUUGAACAGAACUGUUUUUUUCUGUAAAACAAUGUUACUGCAGGACAGAGCUGCAGUGUUUUUCAUAAUAAACUUGUGAACUAAGUAUGGAAAAAUGUCAAAAUUCUAAUUGCAUCUCAGGUCAACUGUGGUUUAAUAAACUAACAUGUAGCUGGAUGGGUUUUAUAAACUUGCAUAGAAAUCUCCACCUUAUAAAUAACUAAAACUGAGGUGAUUUGGAGUGUGCUGAAAAACUCUGACCUUCUGAAUCCUGUUCCAGGAAGGUGCCUGGGCCUGUGUCUCACAGCUGAGAACAGCUUGCUGGUUACUCACAUGUUGCUCUUUCCCUCUUGGUGCUCUACUGAAAUACUCAGAAAUGGAAGAAUAUAAAUUCACUUAACUGA